AUGGUGACGACGCUGGCGGUGCGGCGCCGUGCGGUGUGCGGCCUGGCGCUCCUCGCGCUGCUCUGCGGCUGCUGCGCCCCCUCGUUUGUGUGCGCAGCGGCGGCGGCGGCUGGAGCUGCUGAAGCGCCUGGGAACCCUCCUCCUGAUGUUGGGGGAAAAAUAUUUUUGCCGGUGGACGUGGCGUGUGAGUUGUCCGAGGGGAGGUUGCGUUGGCGGCUCGCUGGAGAAGAGGACUGGGAAAACUGCACGAUCGAUGCAAGCGAACCGAAAGAUGAAGUUGCACGGCUGUGCGACAGCGCUGCAUGGCUGUACGGUUGUUGGAACUGCACCGAGGCGUGUGCCGCUGCCGGCAGUGACGCUGUCGCGUUCACGAUGAAAGUUGCGGCGUACGGGAAAAGCCAACUUUACAAUAAGUCGCUGGCGGCAAUUAGUGCCGCUGACUUCUCCUUUUCCGACGCGACAGGCGUUUGCGCGUUGGCGGGUGUGAAUAAAACGGGCGAUGGAUGCAACGAUGAAAAACUCGUUGCGGCCAAACCACCGGCACCUGCGGCGGCCAGACUAACGGGAGGAACGGAGGCACAGCAGCAAGGAGCGGCAGUUGAAGCCAAAAGUGAGCCGCAGCUGCAGGAGGAAGGCCGACGCGACACAGAAAACAUUGCAGCAGGUGCUGAGCGCGGCAACGCCGCAGUCACCACAGCGCAGGAGCCUGCAGGCCCUGCGCCUCCGUCCACGGCCAAGCCGUCUGCCGAGUCUGCGUCCCCGCUGGGUGGUGCCGGUGGGCAGCCAGCGCACACCGUUAAGGGCGCAAAGCAGGUGGAUGAAAGUGUGCGCGCCACCGAAGUGCCGCCCAAGCCGAAUGCACAGCCACAGGCGGGAGGUGGCUUGGCUCAAGGCGGCGUUGACGGUGCCACGGGGCAACCGAAUGCGGAAAAAAGCAGUGAAGAAGCGGGAGGCGUUGCAGAACGUCAAGCGACGACCGAGCACGGCAGCGAGUCGACAGCCCUCUUGCAGCCCUCUGCCGGCGCCGAGACCAUCGCCGGGCCCCAGCCGCCCGAGAGCACAGGGCAAACGCAAGGGGCAGCGGCGGCGCAGAGCAGUGGCCACCCCGACAUCGGCUCUGCGGUCACCAGCGGUCCUGCCGCUUCCGCUGGAAGUCGGGCGGGGGCAACUCCACAUGUUCCCUACGCAGGUGGUGUUGGGGUAGCCGGCGAUCAGACCGGAGAGCCGAAUGAGGCGAAUGCCGAAGUCACCGCAGAGCCCGAUGCCGCUCGAGCAGCUGCAAAGAGCGAGGCUAAAACACCAGCAGCUAGGCCCCCCGCCACCAGCACAGAUGACACCGCGACGACGACUGGCGGUGACAGCGGCAGCCCAGCGGCGCAGCCACAGCCGGCGAGUUCCGUGGCGGCAACCGUGGAUGGUGAUGCGCAACAAAAGGAGAAACUCGCAGUGCCCACCCCCAAACAGGAAACGGAAACGAGUGGUGAGAGAGGAGAAGCCGCUCAGCCGGCAGCUGGGGCGGCUGCUCAAGCGGCAGCCACCACCAAUUCGACGAGUGCAGCGAAGGCGGCGCCCGGCGACAGCGACGACAGCAGCACCGCGACCUCGCACUCCGCUUCCCUCUUUGCGGUGCUUCUUCUGCUUGCGUAUGCGGCUGCCGCUGCGGUGGUGGCCGCGUGA